UCUCCUCACUCUCUGAUCACACACACAAUACAUUAACUACGCUCGCUUCCACCUUAUACUCUUCAACUUCGUUCCUUCCAAAUUCAGAGCUUCUGACAUUUUCUUCAUAUUCCCUUUACUUUGGAGAAGAAGAAAAAAUGGCUCGACUCAUCUCUAAGCCAAGCAGCGAUUUCUUCAAUAUUUCAUAUGGCAAAAGCAUAAGAGCUUCAACCUUCGGAACUUCGGUGGCAAACCAACCCUUGAAUGGGCUACCCUUUAAGCAAAGCUUGAAGUUUAGAGUUUCUUGCAGCAUAAAAGAGACAGAAAGAGAGAAUGCUGCAGAAACACAAAGAAUUCUAAGUGGGCUCGAAGUGAAUGGUCAGUUGAAGGAGAAGGACGGUCUAGGGGAGUUUGGGAGUGUGGGUGGGGAAGUGGGCUUUAACUGGGAUUGGCCGCCAUGGAAGAAUCUUCCUCAAAGAUAUAAGCUCAUUGGGACUACGUCUUUGGCCUUUGUUGUUUGCAAUAUGGAUAAGGUGAAUUUGAGUGUUGCCAUAAUUCCAAUGUCGCAUCAAUUUGGGUGGAAUGCUUCUGUGGCUGGAUUGGUGCAGUCAUCUUUCUUCUGGGGUUAUGCACUUAGUCAGUUGCCUGGUGGUUGGCUCGCAAAAGUUUUUGGUGGGAGAAAAGUUCUCGAAAUUGGAGUCCUGGUCUGGUCGCUGGCCACAGCUCUGGUUCCCCUUCUUGCUGGGUUUAUGCCAGGACUUAUAUUUUCCAGGAUUUUGGUUGGAAUAGGAGAAGGUGUUUCACCAUCUGCUGCCACUGAUAUGAUUGCUAGGUCAAUACCAAUUGAAGAGCGUUCACGUGCAGUAGCAUUUGUUUUCGGUGGUUUGAGUGUUGGAAGUGUCUUGGGGCUUCUUUCGGCGCCUCCACUAAUCCAGAAUUAUGGCUGGGGAUCUGUAUUUUACAUUUUUGGCUCCCUGGGUAUAGCCUGGUUUUCAGUAUUUCAGUUCGUUAGAGAAGAUGAGCCUCCAUUUAGAGCUCCUUACUUGUCAUGGCCUCAAUCUAACCCUAUGAGCAAGCCAUGGGGUUCCUCUUUGAAAGAGUUGAGUAGCUCACUAGGGGAUGUACCUUGGAAGGAAUUUUUCAAAUCUAAAGCUGUAUGGGCAAUGAUAUAUGCUCACUUUUGUGGAAGUUGGGGUCACUAUACCUGCUUAUCUUGGCUUCCCACAUAUUUCAGUGAGGAGCUGAAUCUUGAUCUGACAGAAGCUGCUUGGGUUUCAGUUCUUCCGCCACUAGCUUCAGUCGUUGUCACCAGCAUUGCAUCCCAAUUGGCUGACAGCUUAAUCUCGAAAGGCGUUGAAACCACAGUGGUACGGAAAAUUUGCCAAACAAUCGCAUUUGUUUCUCCUGCGACUUGCAUGAUUCUUUCCUCUAUCGAUUUAGGACUGAGUCCAUGGGAAGUCGUUGCAAUCCUUACAGGUGGUUUAGCGCUAUCGAGCUUUGCCUUAUCAGGCUUGUACUGUACCCACCAAGACAUGUCGCCCGAAUAUGCAAGUGUCCUUUUGGGCAUAACCAACACAGUCGGAGCAAUACCUGGAAUUGUUGGUGUCGCCCUCACAGGUUACCUUCUCGAUUCGACUCACUCAUGGGCGAUGUCGUUGUUUGCUCCGUCGAUCUUCUUCUACCUCACCGGUACAAUUGUCUGGUUGGCGUUAGCUAGCAGUAAGCAGCAAACAUUCUCCAAGACCGACUAAUAGUAGCAUUGAGCGUCGGAACAACCCCAUCUCAUUUUCGGAUGUAUUACAUAUCCGAACAAUUUUGCGCAGUGUAGGUUGCCCUUUUAUAUUACCUACUACUUAGGUUCUUGUAUCCCUUCUUACCCCUUGUGCAAAAUCAUAGGCUAAUAACAUUUUAUUGCAUCAUUGUUAGUACAACAUAUGAGUGUACAUAUUAUGUACGUACCUUCCUGUAUUAAUGUUUGAUUUGUUUUGUAAGGGAUAUUUAUGGUUAUAAAUUUCAGUGAGUCCUGUAAAUGCAAAUGACUUCAAACUAAAUUACCUGUCUUGGGGUAAUUUUCCCUGUUUU